UUCAUCUUCUACUCCAAAUCAGCCCCCUUUUUUGUUCUCUCAGUAAAAUGGACGCCAAAUCCAGAACAAGAGUCACGGUUCUGUACCAUGUCUUGGCCAACUCAUGUUAUCGAGCCGCCAGAAAAAUGUUCUUCCUUUUGAGGUCAAACAACAAUAACCCUUCUCUCAAAACACCCCUCCCCCAAUUCCCUCUCUACCCCCACAUCUCUAAAUGCACCCUCCAAAACAGACACUCCCAAACGCUCGUCUGUGACUUAAACGGUGCGCUUUUGAGCCACAAUUCCUUCUUCCCGUAUUUCAUGCUGGUCGCCUUCGAAGCCGGCAGCCUUCUCCGAGCCAUUCUCUUGCUUCUCUCGUGGCCCAUUCUGUGCCUUCUCGAUUGGGACACCAAAUUGAGGGCCACCAUUUUCAUCUCCUUCUGUGGGCUCCCAAUUAAGGACAUGGCCAACGUGGCCUUGACGGUUCUCCCCAAGUUUUAUCUCGACCAUCUUAACUUUCAUGCGUUUGAGAUCUUUCAGGCCACUGGCUCCAAGGUGGUGUUCACGAGUAUGCCUAGAGUUAUGGUGGAGGGGUUUUUGAUAAAUUAUUUGAAUGUUGAUGAUGUUAUAGGGACUGAGUUGCAAACCUCUGGUUCUGGCCGAUACUUUACUGGCUUGGUGGCCCGGAAUGGCCUGCUUGUGAAGCACACGGCUUUGAAGGAUUAUUUUGGAGAACAAAUGCCUGAUGUUGGUAUUGGAGCUCCAAAUCUCCAUGACCAUCUUUUCAUCUCUCUUUGCAAGGAAGCUUAUGUAGUGAACAAGGAGGACAACAAAAGGGCAGCAAGAGAGAAAUGCCCAAAGCCAAAGCCAGUCAUAUUCCACGAUGGAAGAUUGGCGUUCUUGCCAACCCCUUGUGCAACUCUGUUCAUGAUCCUGUGGCUUCCUCUGGGGAUUGCUUUGGCCAUUUUCAGAAUCAGCAUCGGCGUUUUCCUCCCUUACAAAUUGGCCAUGCUAUUGGGCUCAUGGAGUGGGCUACGCAUAAAUCUCAAAGGCUACAUCAAGCCGAUCCCAAGCUCGGAGGGUAAAAAGGGAGUUUUAUAUGUGUGCAGCCACCGGACACUGUUGGACCCUGUUUUCCUGAGCACCUCAAUGGGGAAGCCAUUAACCGCAGUCACUUACAGCCUCAGCAAAUUCUCGGAAGUCAUAGCUCCAAUCAAGACCGUUAGAUUGACGAGGGACAGAGGCAGAGAUGGGGAAUUGAUGCAGAAAUUGCUCGGAGAAGGGGACCUGGUGGUCUGCCCUGAAGGGACGACAUGUAGGGAGCCUUACUUGCUGAGAUUCAGCCCGCUGUUUGCGGAGCUGACGGAUGAGAUCGUGCCGGUUGCUGUGAGUACGAGGGUGAGUAUGUUUUAUGGGACGACAGCGAGUGGGCUCAAAUGGUUGGAUCCGAUAUUCUUUUUGAUGAAUCCGAGGCCGAGUUACGACAUGGUGGUUCUUCCCAAGCUGCCGCGGGAGCUGACCUGCGCCGGAGGGAAGUCCAGUUACGAAGUUGCUAAUUACAUUCAGAGACAGCUGGCGGAUGUGUUGGGAUUUGAAUGUACCAAACUUACCAGAAAGGACAAGUACUUGAUGUUGGCUGGGAAUGAAGGGUUUGUCCAAGAAAAAGGCCCUUGAAAUUUUAUUACUUUAUAACUUUAAAAUUACAUAACAACAUAUUUCAUAUUUACCCAUUUGAUUUUUCUUUUCUUUUCUUUUCUUUUUUGUGGGUUUUUGGUACAAAUGAAUCGACAUGGAAUUUCUUUGGGGUGGAUUUGCUUUUGUGCCGUAUAAUAAGUUCAUGAAUUUUUCUUGCGGAAAUAUACACUGGUGUAGGAUUUUGUGAUGUGUAAA